AUGAACGGGACAGAAGGUAUCAAUUUCUAUGUGCCAUUCUCCAAUAAAACAGGGCUGGUGCGGAGCCCCUUUGAGUACCCACAGUAUUACCUAGCCGAACCCUGGAAGUACCGAAUCGUGUGCUGCUAUAUCUUCUUUCUCAUCUUCACGGGGCUCCCCAUCAAUUUCCUCACCCUCCUUGUCACUUUCAAGCACAAGAAGCUGCGGCAGCCACUCAACUACAUCCUGGUCAACCUGGCGGUGGCUGAUCUCUUCAUGGCUUGCUUUGGCUUCACCGUCACCUUCUCCACGGCCUGGAAUGGCUACUUUAUCUUCGGGCCCAUAGGCUGUGCCGUGGAGGGCUUCUUUGCCACGCUGGGAGGUCAGGUGGCCCUGUGGUCACUGGUCGUCCUGGCCAUAGAGCGUUAUAUUGUGGUGUGUAAGCCCAUGGGCAACUUCCGCUUCUCUGCCACCCAUGCCUUGAUGGGCAUCAGUUUUACCUGGGCAAUGGCCUUUUCCUGCGCUGCUCCACCCCUGUUUGGCUGGUCCAGAUACAUUCCCGAGGGCAUGCAGUGCUCUUGUGGCCCAGAUUACUACACUCUCAACCCUGACUACCACAACGAAUCCUACGUCGUCUACAUGUUCGCGGUCCACUUUGUCAUCCCAGUGGUGGUCAUCUUCUUCUCCUACGGGCGGCUCAUAUGUAAAGUCCGAGAGGCAGCUGCACAGCAGCAGGAGUCGGCAAGCACCCAGAAAGCAGAGAGGGAAGUGACCCGCAUGGUGAUCCUAAUGGUUCUGGGCUUUCUCAUGGCCUGGACACCCUAUGCCUUGGUGGCGUUCUGGAUCUUCACCAACAAGGGGGUGGACUUCUCCGCUACUCUCAUGUCAGUGCCUGCCUUCUUCUCCAAGAGCUCCUCUCUCUACAACCCCGUCAUCUAUGUGCUCAUGAACAAACAGUUCCGUAACUGCAUGAUCACCACAAUCUGCUGCGGCAAGAAUCCCUUUGGGGAUGACGAUGUCUCCUCGACCGUAUCCCAGAGCAAGACUGAGGUAUCCUCGGUCUCCUCCAGUCAAGUGUCACCAGCAUAG